AUCGUGAGUUAUGGAUUAGCAAUCGGGUAAUUACUGAUAAUAACACCUUUGCUUCUUGGUUGGAACGUAGCAAUGUACGCCAUUCCCCACUACCCCUCUGAGAUCAUUGCUCUUGGACCUGCCCACUUUAUUACGCCUCACGUUAUAAAAGACCCCUACCCCCCAUACCCUGUUUCCUCCCACAAUUCAUAUUUUUACCUCCAUAAUGUCGAACCAGCACACCCAGAAGACCUACACCCUUAACACCGGCGACAAGAUCCCCGCCAUCGGUCUUGGAACAUGGCAAUCCAAGCCCAAUGAGGUCCGCGUCGCUGUCCGUGAUGCGCUCCUGGCUGGCUACCGCCACAUUGACACUGCGCUGGCUUACGGCAACGAGGCCGAGGUCGGUGCCGGUAUCAAGGAUUCCGGCGUGCCCCGCGAGCAGAUCUGGCUCACCACCAAGCUGGACAACCCCUGGCACAAGCGCGUGAACGAGGGUAUUGAGUCCUCUCUCAAGGACCUUGGUACCGACUAUGUCGACCUCUACCUCAUUCACUGGCCCAGCUCGACCGACCCUAACGACCUGUCCAAGCACCUUCCUGACUGGGACUUUAUCAAGACCUGGCAGGAUAUGCAGAAGCUGCCUGCCACUGGCAAGGUGCGCAACAUUGGUGUCUCCAACUUCGGCAUCAAGAACCUGGAGAAGCUCCUGAACGACCCCAGCACCAAGAUCGUUCCCGCCGUCAACCAGAUCGAGCUGCACCCCAACAACCCAUCCCCCAAGCUCGUCGCCUACAACACCUCCAAGGGCAUCCACUCCACCGGCUACUCUUGCCUGGGCUCCACCGACUCCCCUCUUUACAAGGACCCCACUCUCCUGAAGAUCGCUGAGAACAAGGGCAAGACUCCCCAGCAGGUGCUCCUCGUCUGGGGUAUCACCAAGGGCUGGAGUGUCAUUCCCAAGUCUGUCAACAAGGCCCGCAUUGAGGGUAACUUUGACAUCAACGGCUGGGAACUGACUGCUGAUGAGGUUAACCAGCUGGACAACCUUAAGGACCGCUUCAAGGUCUGCGGUGAUGCUUGGUUGCCCGUCAAGGUCUUCUUCGGUGAUGACGAGUAAAUCGGUUAUGAUGAUGUUUUAUGAAGUACAUAGGCUUUAGAUACCAAAAGAACGAUUUUGUCCUAUCAAC